CUUUUCUUCACGAGACCUAUCUCCCCCGAGUUGCAGCUUCAACCUUGACCAUGUCUUCGUUACUGCGAUACUUGCCAACGAGGAGGAAGGCUGAUGACGCCCAAGUUGUCUCUGACGCUGCAUCAACUUCAGCAUUGGAGAAGACACCAGCGCAGCAAGAGAAGGAUGGUGCUUUCACCGUGGAGAAAUCUUCGAGGACGAGCGAAGAGGUGUCUUCUGUAAACCCUUUGGAACCUGCUACGUCUCAAGAUCCAGAUUUGAACCCCGGGACGUUAACACUAGAAGAAGAUGCGGCUGGUGGCAUGGGACGUCACCUUGGCGUGUUCAGUUGUACACUUCUCAUUGUCGGCCGUAUCAUCGGAACCGGUAUCUUCUCUACCCCAUCUUCUAUACUCGGUUCCGUAGGUUCGGUCGGUGCAUCUCUCAUGCUCUGGGUACUCGGCUUCGUCCUAUCCUUUUGUGGACUUUUCAUUUGGCUCGAAUACGGAACUAUGUUCCCGAGAAGUGGAGGCGAGAAAGUCUACCUUGAAGCAGUGUUCAAAAAACCGCGAGCGUUGGCGACUGUCAUAUUUGCGGCAAAUGCUAUUCUGCUUGGGUUUACUGCUUCGGGAUGUAUUGUGUUCGCUAGCAAUAUCUUGAUCGCUGCUGGACAACCUGCGGGUCGUUGGGUGACCCGUGGUAUCGCAUUGGGAGUUAUAACUUUUGUAACUCUCCUUCAUGGUUUGACCCCACGUCUAGGUGUUUACGUGAUGAACGGCCUAAGUGUGUUCAAAAUCGUCAUUCUUCUCUUUGUAGUCAUCACAGGAUGGGUUGUAUUAUCGGGUGCAACACAUAUCGAAGACCCUCACGCCAACUUCCGAAACACCUUUGCCGGCAGUUCACAUAGCAGUAACGAUUAUGCAACAGCGACCUUCAAAGUCCUAAAUGCCUACGCAGGCUGGUCAAACGUGAACUACGUCCUCAACAACGUUAAGAACCCCGUUCGGACUUUGAAGAUUGCUGGUCCACUUGGAUUGGGAAUAUGCGCUGUGCUGUACCUAUUGGCAAAUGUGGCGUACUUCUCUGCGGCAUCAAAAGAGGAGAUCUUGAAAAGUGGAGUGACAGUCGCUUCAUUAUUCUUUAGGAAGGUGUUUGGUGUUCAAGCUCAGAGGGCGUUGACCGUGUUUGUCGCGUUGAGUGCUUUAGGGAACGUCAUCACAGUGACCUUUGCCGCAGCUCGUAUCAACCAAGAACUCGCCAAAGAAGGCAUCCCACUACCCUUCGGAAGCCGAUUCUGGGCAUCUAACUGGCCAACGGGCAAGUCUCCGUUACCGGGCUUGAUCAUUCACUUGAUUCCCUCCAUUAUCGUCAUCAUUGCACCCCCACCAGCAGUAGCAUACCCCUUCAUUUUGGACGUUGAAGGUUACCCACAACAGAUUAUCAACUUCUUCAUUGUUGGGGGCUUGUUCUGGUUAAGAUGGCGUAAACCACACGCUGUCAGACCGUUCAAAGUAUGGUGGCCUAUCGCGAUCUUCUUCCUGGCUGCUUCAGCAUUCUUGCUGGUUGCGCCAUUCCUCAGACCUUCCAAUGGUGUAGGCGACACGCCUCCUUUGCCCUAUUACUUGUAUUGUCUGGUCGGCAUUGGUGUCAUGGUUGUCGGCGUCCUGUACUGGGCAGGCUGGCGCAUUCUCUUACCAAAAGUGUUUGGUUACGAACUCGUACCACAUAAAGAGACCCUGGAUGAUGGCACUGUCAUCACAUUGUUCUCCCGCCAGAAGAUACAGAAGGCAUUAUCGUGACAUGUCCAUUUGUGUUGUAGUUGUAUCGUAGGGUGUCUUCGCUUCUAUGCACCCUUCCCUUGUUGUAUUGAUGGUGAACGUCGAGAGUGUAAUAGCAGCUUGCAAUAAUUCACAAAAUAAGUGUAGCGAGUGUGAUGAACAUACCCUAAGUGGAAUGUUUGGGUGAUAAGCUGUCAGCGUGCAUAUGACUAUUCCAGACUAUCUCUGGAAGUAGGUUCAUGUCUUUGUCUAUGCAUCAUUCUACCGGCGCGUGAAAGCGAGCUGUCCAUUCGUUUGAUGAUACAGUAAUGCCGAAUAACUCAAGUUUCUGAAUCGGGCCGUCCCCAUUACCGUUUACUCAGAAAGCACGCUUUCGAGAUGCUAUCAGUAGUGGACAAAGCACA